CUAGCGGGCGACUAACCUCCACCGGAGUAAACAGAUUGAGGCCCUAACAACAAAACCUCCACUACCGAAGUGAAUUCGGUACAAAAUAGUGAGUUGGCUCCUCGACUAAAGUCACCAACACCCUACCUUCAAUCAAGGAUGCUCUAUCAACCUAGGCAGAUAUUCUCAUUCUAGGUUAAAGCAGAAACAACAGGAAUUUGAUCAGGAUUCAAGUCAUUCAAUCAUUCAAACCUCAAUCGAAUAUAAUCAAAUCAUAGAAUCAGUACUUGGGUUCAUACAAUCAAACCUAACAUACAAAUCUAGGGUUCUCCAUACCCAGAUGAAUGGGAGAACUACUCCAUGGAGAAAGAAGCAAAAGCAGAAUCAGACGCGGAAUUCAUACUGUGAAGGAUGGAUUCCUGCUCCUGGACGUUGAUCGGCACUUCUCCAAGCUCAAGCUAGCCUCCAAUGGUGAUGAAGAUCAAGCUAGGGCACUUGGAGACUCUUGUUCGUCGCUUUCUCGCUCUAGGAAUCGCUCUGUCUCUCUCAAAACUUGAAUAUCCUUCUGUUUUGGCUGAAAUCUGCUUAAAAGGGCAUCACUGGGCAAAGCACGGUCGAGGGCACGGCCGUGCUUUGCUCCAGCCCGCCCGUGCUUUGGCAAGGUUUAAUUACACGGCCAGACUGCUGGGAGAAACACGGCCGUGCUUUUGGGUGGACACGGCCGUGCUUUGGUGGACACGGCCGUGUAAUUUCUCAGCCAUGCCCGUGUUUUGGCUAGUGUUUGCCAAACUCAAAUCAGCUCUCGGCAGUAAAAGCACGGCCUAGGAACACGGCCGUGUUCUGAUUUAGGUGUGCCCAUAUUUUGGCUCCAGCUCGACGAAAUGACUUCCGAAUGCCCCGAAACUCGUGCUUAGCCUUUCCUUUGACGCCUGGGACCUGAAAUAUGACAAAAUAGCACAACCCGGCGUAAAAUAGGCCAAAAAUACACGACUAUGCCCCUCAAACGGAUAAGAACUAGGGGUGCAAAUACGUGCAAUUACAUCGUUAUCAGAUUUGGAUGAAAUUUUUGAGUAAGAUUCAUCAAACUGAGCACAAAAAGAUCCUAGUUCUUUUCGAGUUAGUUUUUGUUCGCGUUUGAUGUGUUUUUGAAGUUUUAAAUCAUGGCAAAUUUGUAAUCCUUCCUUUUGUAUAAAGCUAAUAAGUUCUCCGUAAGUAAGUUGCUCAUAAGGAAUUUGACCAUUAAAAGUGUCUUGGAUUUUGUUUCGGAUUUUAUCUCCUAAGAGACGGGGUAAACCGGCUAAAAACUUUUCUUUCCAAAAUGGUUGAUUUCCAUCUUCUCUUUGCAUAACCCUAGUUAAAAAGGUAUCUUUGUACCAUCGGAAGUCAUGAAACUUUUUACAACGAAGAUUAGAAAGUAGUUCGGCAUUUUUAUCUUUAAGAUGUGAAGGAUCUCCAAUAUAAUGUUUUGAAAUGG